GCUAUUCUGUUUAAAGCUCUAGUUUGGUUUUGUUCAAGUCUUUGCACUUAAAACUGUGUUGUACAUAUGUGGAAUUCAGGGUUGGUUUGAAUUUGUGGGCUAGUGAGGAUGGUUGAGACGCUGUUUCAAGAUAUCUUUAGGGUGGUAGGGCUGGACCCAGAUGGCAAAAAGUUCGAUAAAGUUACUCGUAUUGAAGCCAAGAGCGAGCAGUUUGACAUGUACAUGCAGCUAGACGUAAAUACAGAUAUAUAUCCUUUGCAUGAAGGGGAUAAGUUCAUGAUGGUACUGGCAUCCACACUGAACUUGGAUGGAACACCUGAUACUGGCUACUUCACUCCGGGUGGGCGGAAAUCCCUUGCAGACAAAUUUGAGUAUGUUAUGAAUGGGAAACUAUAUAGAAUCUCAGAGGAAGGUUCAGGAGCAAAUCUUAAGGCGGACAUUUAUGUUUCUUUUGGUGGAUUGCUGAUGAUGCUGAAGGGGGAUCCCUCCAUUGCUGCUAAGUUUGAGCUUGAUCAGAGGUUGUUUAUCUUGAUGAGGAAGGCGGACAGGCAGUAGUCAUAUUUCUUUGGCUUGUACAAGUCUACUCUUCCUAUUAAUAGCACCACUGCAGGGCAAUAGCAUUCAAAUAACGGCGUUCAUAAAAUGUUAUGUUACCUUCAUUGUUCAUGAAAGAUUGUUUGCUCCACUAUGUCAUGUUGAACUGGAAGCUUGAAAACCUCUGAUGAGUGAUGAAUAUCAGUUUUUGGCAAUAAGAUAUGUUGGUUCUUUUAGGCAA